UGCACGGCUGAAGAAACUUCUGGAGGUCUGAGCUGAGCUUAAAGGCCGGGAGGGACCACCAGACCUUUAGAGGAACAAUUCAAACCAAAAAGUCAAGAAGAAAUCAGAGAAAUCCAGGAGGCCGACAUGGCUCUGCUCUGCUACAACAGAGGCUGUGGACUCAAGUAUGAUGCUGACAAGAACAAGGACGAUUCCUGCGUCUUCCAUCCAGGUGUCCCCAUCUUCCAUGACGCUCUGAAGGGAUGGUCCUGCUGUAAGAAAAGGACGACAGACUUCUCUGAGUUUCUCUCCAUCAAGGGAUGCACCCGCGGGCAUCACAGCAAUGAAAAACCUCAGGAGCCUCUGAGGCCGGAGGUGUCGUCAGAUAAAACCGACACAAAACACGCCAACGGCCCUGAGAUCAUCUACCAGGGACCCAAAUCUGCUGAGACGCUGCAGAAGGAGAGGCCCAGUUCAGACGAGCCAAAGACGAAGCUGCCCCACAAAGUGUCAGCCACUCUGACUCAGGCUCUGGAGAAACUGGACAUCAGCAAGAAAGUCGAGAGAGAGAAGAAAGAGAGUCAGAUUGUCCAAGGGACACGGUGCAAGAAUGCAGGAUGUAAAACAGUCUAUGAGGGCCAAGAGACAGACAAGGAGGUCUGCACCCACCAUCCCGGAGCGCCCGUCUUCCACGAGGGGUACAAAUACUGGAGCUGCUGCUGCAUUAAGACGAUAGAUUUCAACGCUUUCCUCGACCAGAAAGGCUGCAGCACCGGGAAGCACCGCUGGAUCCCAAGGCAGGACAAGAAGAAGGUGGCGUGUCGACAUGACUGGCACCAGACAGGAAGUAAUGUUGUUCUGACUAUUUACGCCAAGAACGCACACCCAGAUCUCAGCAGCAUAGAGGCCAACAGGACUGUGCUCACAUGUCAGAUUCAGUUUGAGGACAACAAAAUCUUCAAGAGAGAAUUCCACUUCUGGGGGGUGGUCAAUGUGAAGCAGAGCUCUGUCAACAUGGUCCCAUCAAAAGUGGAGAUCACUCUCCGCAAAGCCGACCAGGUUGCCUGGGGCAAACUGGAGGACCCGAACUACAAACCUGAACCCGAGCCCGAAGACGACCCCGACACCACAGAAUCCUUCCAGCCCGGGUGGGACAUCGAGGACGACGACAUCAGCGACUCGGACGAGGAGUGGGCCUACGACUUAACGAAGAAGAAGAAAACACAGGAGGAGAAGGACAAAGAGGGGCAGAAGAAGAAGGAUGAUGAGCAGCAGAAUUUAAAGAGGAAGGAAGUGGAGGAGGAGAUGAAGAGGGCGGCGGAGGAGAGGAGGAAGGCGGAGGAGGAGAGGAAGAAGCUGGAGGAGCAGAGGCUGCUGGAGGAGGGAGGAGAAUACGAUGACAUGCCAGACUUAGAGUAAAUCACAGAGAAAAUUAGAAAUAUUUGGUCUGAAUUGGUAGAUAUUAAAUGUUUUUCUUAUCAGGAAAAUUGAAUGUUUAGUAGCAAAUCCAAAUUAACUUUGGGAGUCUUUCUGGGUUUGAUUACCUUGUAGGAGAAGUUGAUUGACAUACACUGGAUGCUUUAUUUUUUAUCUAAGGCUUGAAAUUGACAAC